AUGCCACGGGAUCGUUUCUUCUUACUGCGAUCUAACCUGUGCUGCCAACUUGACGAUGACAUCAGUGAUGACGACAAGAAGAGCGAGAGACUUUGGAAGGUUGCGCCUUUCGUUGAGAUGGUGCGAAAGGGCUGCUUGGGCUUGGAAAGACCCAACUGCUUCUGUGUGGAUGAACAAGUCAUCCCAUUUUCAGGGCGCUGUCCUAUGAAGCAGUAUAUCCCUAACAAACCAAAUCCUGUGGGCCUGAAAAACUUUGUUCUCGCAGGAAAGGACGGGUUGAUUUAUGAUUUUGCAAUUUACAAAGGCAAAGAGACAUUUCCAGACUUUGGCCUUGGCAUAUCGGGCAACUCAGUCUUGAAGCUGGUUGAGACAGUGCCUGCAUGCUCCACGCUUUACUGUGACCGUUGGUUUUCUUCGGUCGGUUUGAUGGAUGAGCUCAUGAAGAAGGGCAUUUUUGGCACCGGCACUCUGAUGAAGAACAGAAUGCCAAAAGAGGCCCAUUUCACAAAUGACAAGGAUUUGUUGAAGAAAUCUCGGGGCACUUCGGAGCAGCGACUGCGACAAGACAGCACGCUUGCUUGCACAAAAUGGGUCGACAAAAAGCCCAUUGUGAUGCUGUCGGCCGCCUUUGGAGUGGAGCCUGAAGAUAAGUGCAAAAGAUGGUGCAAGAAAGACAAGAAGUUUCUGGAUGUCCCGCGCCCAUCCAUCAUCAGAAACUACAAUGCAAAUAUGGGUGGUGUUGACUUAGCUGACAGAAUGCUCUCCCUGUAUGCUCAAAGGAGCCGCACGAACAGGUGGACACUGCGUACAAUUCUUCACAUGUCUGAUCUUGCUUGCGUAAACAGCUGGCUUCAGUACAGAGCAGACAAGAAGGCAGAGGGUGUCCAAAGAAAAAACAUUCUGGAGUACCUUGAUUUCAAGCUUUGCGUGGCCGAAGCAUUGAUAUGGCAGAAGGUGAUUGCAACUCGUCAAGAAGAUGAAGACGACCUAGACAUCCCACCAAGGAAGAGGCCAAAAGCUCUGCCAUCAGAACAUUUCCGCAAAACAGACGCACUGCAUUUGCCAAUGAAGGACGACCUACCAAAUGGAGCGAGGUGCCGGAACGCUGGCUGCAGCAUGAAGACACGCCACAGAUGUGCUCGGUGCGACAUGUACCUUUGCAUAGAAGUUGGAAGAGACUGCUUCUAUGAAUUCCAUUCGUGA